CGUGCCCCCUUCAUCCUCGUCAGCUGACGCUUGGCGGAACUGUAGUUUAGUCCUGCAGAUUUUAGUAAUAUAAACAUAGUUUAGUUUAGUAAGUUAGUGUGAAAUAUUUCCUUUGAUAAAUCUCUCUUAAGAUCGCAGUCAGUGCCUUAAAAACAUCAGCCAUGGCGCUCAGCGAUGCCGCCGUACAGAAACAGAUCAAACACAUGAUGGCCUUUAUUGAGCAGGAAGCCAAUGAGAAGGCAGAAGAAAUAGAUGCAAAGGCAGAAGAAGAGUUUAAUAUCGAAAAAGGACGCCUGGUACAGACUCAGAGGUUGAAGAUAAUGGAGUACUAUGAGAAGAAAGAGAAACAGAUCGAACAACAGAAGAAAAUCCAAAUGUCAAAUUUGAUGAACCAGGCCAGACUGAAGGUACUCAAAGCUCGUGAUGACAUGGUUAAGGAUCUCCUUAAUGAAGCACAACAACGGCUGGCCAACAUUGCCAAAAACCCAAACGAGUACCCAACACUGCUGGAGGGGCUGGUGUUACAGGGAUUUUAUCAGCUGUUGGAGCCCAAGGUUAUAGUUCGGUGCAGAAAGGAAGAUGUAGCGAUGGUGCAGGCUGCUGUUAAGAAAAACAUCCCUAUCUACAAAGAGACAGUAAAGAGUAAUAUUGAAGUGCGCAUCGACGAAAACAACUUCCUGCCCUCUGACAUCUCAGGAGGUGUUGAAGUCUAUAACGCCGAUGGCAAAAUCAAGGUGUCCAACACACUGGAUAGCAGACUGGACCUUAUAGCGCAACAGAUGAUGCCUGAGAUCAGAGUGCAACUGUUUGGUCCCAACCAAAACCGCAGGUUUAUGGACUAGUGCUCUGCUGCUAAAUGUACUUUAGUGGUUGUUAGGAGAACGGUGUAAUUCAAGACCCCUGAUAAAGUGACAAGGUUUGAUGGGAAGUUUUAUUUUUUUUAAGGUCACUUUCGGUUUCUGUUGCAAUUCAACUGAUCAUGUUUCACCAAUAAUUUGCAUUCUCUCUUUCUUUUGUGUGUUUUUCUUAAAAAAAAAAACAAGUCAAAGAAAGUGGUUUAAAAUGAAAGGCUUAUCAUGUGUGCUUAUGUUACCUUAUACCUCUCCUUUGAGUGUUUCUUUAACGCUUUCUGUUUGAAAAUCAUGCCAUCUGUAGUGAAAGUGGACACCUGAUAUCUAAUCUCAGCAUGUUUGAACAAAAAGCUUUAAGCACUCAGGAAUUUACAUUGUUUUUGCUUUAAAUGUUGUUAGCUAAGCUAGCAGCCUUUCAGGUUUUCCCUGGAAAAGGGAAACCCUCAUUCGAUGUCUUAAAAGAAAAUAUGGAUGCCUCUGUGCUUGUUUGUGUGUUUUCAUUUGUAGUACAACUGCAUUAUAGCACAGAGAAGUAAAUCAAAUAUAUUUUAUUUAUAUUUUGAAGCAUUUCUGUGCCCAUUACAGUAUAAACAAAACAUUGCUUGUUGGUUACAUCAAGUCAGAAAUCUGACAGAGGCUUAAAGAUGGUACAUAUACCUCAAACAUUACAAAUACGCUGCCCUCUUGUGGAAUUCAAAUACACGAGAUGUAAAUUAGCAUCAGUUGUGGUGCACAAACAAUGUUUUGUAUAUUCAAAUGACUCCAGAGCAUGUUUUCAAGAAACUUUAAAAUGCAAAAGCUCUUCAGUGAUUUGAUAAGCAGAGAGGUCUAUAUCAGUCUUGCAUAUUUAAUACAGAUUGCUUGUUGUUCAUUACAGUUAUUUAGUAUAACAUAUGAAUAUGAAACCUCUGAGAUAUUUUCAAGUCUUGUCUUCCAAGAAUAUGCCACUACAUAUGUUUAAAAAUAUCUCUUUCUUGGUAUUAAAAUACUGUAUUUGAAACACAAA